CACACUCCUUAACCUUUAUUAGUCUUUCAGAAACAUUAAAAACACAAGAACCAGUUCUGUCUUCUCAUAACCAGUCAUAGCAAAAAAAGCAACACUGAAAACAGAUGUCUCCAAUUCCAAAGCAGUGUUUAAGUGAUUUUCAGAAGCAAACUACUUUCACUUGAUCUUGAAAUUUGACAAGAUUUCACCUCAUUUUGCCAUAUUUUUGCUACCACUAAAAUAUGGCUCCCUUGCAAAGGCUUCAAAGUAGUUUUCAUCUUUAAACUAUCUCCAAAGAUAAAACAAAUCUUUCGCUCCAAGAUCUGAAAUAAUAUAACAUUCUGAAAUCUAUUUUGCAAAUUAGAGCUUCAAACUAAUCAUGAAACCAAACAUUGAUCUUGAAGUGGAAGCUUAUAUAGAAUAUUAUGAAGCAGAAGUUACCAGCCAAGUUGCUUCCAAUGUAUCAUCAACACAAGAAACCUCAAGAAACUCUUCCAUCACAACAAAUCCAAUAGAUAUCAAUAAUCAUCCUAAUUUAAAUGAUAUAUCUCUUGACUUAACUCUAAAUUUCAAGAACAAUGAGUUAUUAGGAACAUCAAAAGAUUCAAUAGGAUUAAUCUCAGUCUCAAGCACUUCUGAGAGCAGCAAUGAACCUGCUAACACUGUGUCACAAACUACUUCAGCAACCAUUCCAAGAGUUUUCUCAUGCAAUUACUGUCAAAGAAAGUUUUUCAGCUCACAAGCUCUUGGUGGACACCAAAAUGCACACAAAAGAGAAAGAACAUUAGCAAAAAGAGCUAUGAGAAUUGGAUUGUUUUCUGAAAGGUAUGCUAGUUUAGCUUCAUUACCUUUGCAUGGUUCUUUUAGAUCAUUAGGAAUAAAAGCACACUCUUCAAUGCUCCAUGGAUUUUCACCACCAACAAUUAGUAGGCCUUUUCCUCAUGAGGUGAAAAACAAUACAAGAUUUGAUGAUGAACAAGUUUGUGUUGGACUACCGAUAUUCGUUGAAGAUGAAGAGUCGGAGUUGUUGUGGCCCGGUAGUUUUCGACCGGCGUCUGGUGAUAGAGAACAGAAUUUCAUACUCAGUGGAAAUUCAGGUUUGAGUUUUGCUACUGAGGUGAAUGUGAAUUCAUGUGUAGUUGACAUAGAAAACUCUACACCAGAUUUGACAUUGAAACUUUGAUGGAGGUUAUUUGUUGUAGAUUUGGCUUUGAAUUGAGUUUUCUGCAUUAAUGUUGUUAUGUUAUUGUAUAGUAAGACAUGCAUGAAAAAAGGGCCAUGAACAUGAUUGCUAGAUUGAUUGCUGCUACAUUUGUUGGAUUUUUCUUUUUAGUUUCAUCUUUAGUUUUCUAUUAGGAGUACUUGCUUUGGUUUUUUGUUCUGUAUGUUUCUCAUUGUAUAAUAGCUCUAUGAGGACAAUUUUGGAGCUUAUGUCUUAUGUGUUUACCAUAUGCCGGUGUGCCUUAAGUAUAAGUAAAUGUCUAUUUUAAGUAAUAUAUAACAUAGAUGAUCAUAUAUAUACUUAAUGUUUAA